AGUUUUGACAUACUUAACACAAUAAAGUGGUGAAUAUAACUUUGUAAGAAAGUUUGUGCAAAAUUUACAAAGUCAACAGUGUGUCUUUUGUCGCCAAAGAAAAAUCACAUUUUCUAGUGAAAAAAGACCAGUUAGUGGGUUUUACACAACAUAAUUCGAUAAAUAAGUGCCGUAGAGGAUUUUUGCGCAGAAGGGGCGCAACCGGCGACUUUGUGUCCUAAGGUUUUUUUUUUAAAGACCAAAAAAUUAAAUAAAAGAAAUAUUAGAGCAUUGAAAAGUUUAUUGAAAAAAGUGCAAGGAGAGUUAUGGAAUAAAAUUUUGGUCAGUAACCGCACAAAACGUAUUUUCCUAUUUUGAUAAAAAAUAAAAAUAAAGUGACAAUGGGCAGUGAACCACUGUCCUCAAAGUUAAUUGAAAGAGCUCUAAAUUACCAUGGGAUGCCCCUCCAGAAAAUUUGGGAGGGUGAAAGGGGAGAGAGUGACUUGGGAAAAUUGGGCAUUCACAAUCCCGACUACACAAUCUAUCAGCAACGUCAAAAGAAUCUCACAUUUCAAGAUCGUGCUAAGCGUCUUAAGCUUCAUCAAUUCAUGUCCAAAAAUGCAACACAGCUCUUCAGUGAGAAAUUGGUGGAGAGCAAUAAUGUGAUUGUUAUUGAGGAUGAUGAACCGAAAAAAGAUAUUUCCACACAACUGCCCCUACUUGAGACACUUCUACCCGCGGAUAAGACUGGAAGAACAAAGCACUUUUUUAAUAACAUCAAACCUAAAGAUGUGGUAUUUGGUACAAUAAUGAGCAAGUCAACUCCCGGAUAUAUUGUCAAAGUAGCUUGUAGCACUGGAUCUCUCAAUAGAUUCGUCCAAGACUUAACAAUCAGGGCUUAUUUGCCAUUUUCAAAUACCUACUCAGCUGAUAAGAAGACUGUCAAUCGAUCCCUAGCCCAAGGAAUAGUAGUUUGUUGUGAGGUACAAGAAGUUACUCCGGAUACAGAGAAAUUGGUGUGUGAAAUGAAAGGAAAUACCUGGAUGAUUGGUGACAAAGAGUACACGACAGGUGUUAUUGCCCCAGAAAAUUUUCCUGAUUUCUACAAGGUUACGUUGGAAAAGAAAAGUUUAACUUUUGAGGAGGUGUUGCAGUCUUCACCGAGCUUCAAUAAUCCAUAUUGUGAGGAAUAUUUGUUCGAAAGUGUUGGUCUUUCCUCGACUGAACAUUAUACCAUUAUGUCAAGUCUGCGAGGAAGAUUUCCUCAGCAGGAAUAUUCCAAUGAAUUACGUCAAGUACAAGCCAGCAAAUGUGCUUUUCGAUCGGUUGCUGAGGGUAUUGAACAUUUUAAGGUUGGUCGACAUAAUGAAGCAUUUCAGUGCCUCAACAAAGCUCUCAACAUCGAUCCGCGCAAUGUUGAAGGAUUGGUGGCACGUGGAGCUUUGUACGCUAACAGUGGAUCAUUCAAAAAGGCAGUAGAUGACUUUGAAACAGCCCUCAAGCUGAAUCCCAGUCAUGCUAAUGCCAGAAAAUACAUGGGAGAGACACUUGUUGCGCUAGGCAGAAGUUAUGAGGAAGAGAAUAAAAUAGAUGAGGCCAGAAAGGCGUAUCAGGACUGUUUGGUCAUCAUUCCACACCAUGAGGAGGCUCUGAAUUCUCUAGAAUUCCUCAAGAACCGAUCGCAGAAGCCAUCAAUGUUGUUUGAACCAGGCGAAUUGGAACUUCCAGCUCUAAACUUCAACACUAAGACAAUGGGAGAGAGGAAGCUGGAUGAUGUCUUGGGUGGGAAUUCGAAGAAGGACAAGAAACUCAAGAAGAAAAAGCCUAAGGCAAAGUCUAGCAAAAAGUACAGCUCAUCGAGUGGUUCCAGUAGCGAAUCUAGCGACACCAGUGAGUCCGACAGCGAUUCAUCAAGCGAUAGCGAUUCAUCUUCAUCAUCUGGUUCGGAUGAUUCGCACAGCAAGAGGAAAAAAAGUUUGUCCAAGAAAAAGCGAGAAAAGUCCAUGUCACCGCUCAGCAAGAGAAUGGCUUUGAUGAGUAACGUUAGUUCUGGAAAUGACCCUUCUAGCUAUCAAUUCAAUCAGCCCUAUUUGGGAACUGAAUCCGUGCCUCAGGCUCCACCACCACCAUCCGUUGUGGAUGACUAUGAAUUGAAGGUGCGUCAGUUUCUGGAGAUAACGCGCGAUGAAGACAACUAUGAAGAGAAGGUGAGGAAAUUUGUGGAAGAAGCUUCAAAGUAUCGAAAAGAGAGGAAGCUGAUGGAAGAGAAGAAUCGCAAGAAGAAGAAGAAGGAUGGAAAGAAGUCUAAAAAGGAAAGCCGCAAGAAGCGUAAAGAAAAGGAAGAAAAGCACAAGAAGAAAAUAGCCAAAAAGGACAAAAUUGAGCUUGAUGAACUGGAAAACAAGAAGCUACGUGAAGCUCUCAAGAUUUUCGAAAAAUUGCCAGUUUUGGAUGAAUUGGGUUCGAAAUUGUCCUCGAUCUAUGGAAAAGCAUCUGAUGAUGGAAAAUUCGAUGAUGAUUCGAAAGGUAAAAUGAAGCGUCAAACACCAGAGAAGGAUUAUCCGGAUGGAAAAUGGAAGAUGAUCUUCACCAAAGAUCAAAAGAGAGGAGAUAUGAAGCCAUCUACUUCUAAGGGAAUUAUGUCUAAACAAUAUCCAUUUAUGGGUGAUUCUGAGGAUUCUGACCAUGAAGAUAAUAACCUGGGUCAACCCACACAGUCAGCUUCAUCCUCAGGCUCUUACUACAAGGCCCGGGAUGACGAUAAAAGACGCCGAUCCAGUCCACAUGCUCAGAAAAAGUAUGAAGCCACAAAGGCAUCGGCAAAGACAACUCCAGUAGUACUGGAUAAAUUUGGGAGUUUCCGUCUGGCCACAACUGAUCGCACAUCCCCCAAAGCCAUAGGACAAUUCCAGCGCAAGAGUCGCAGUCGCUCUAAAAGUAGGAAGCACAGCAGUUCCAGUCACUCACGCUCACGAACUCCGCCAAGGCGUAGGUCCCGAUCUCUAAGCUAUCCUAAGAGGCGUUAUAGCCGCUCUCCUUCACGUUCUCGAUCCCGGUCCUACAGAUCUCGCAGUAAAUCGUAUUCGCGCAGUCGAUCACGAUCUCGCAGCGGCGAUCGUCACAGAUUUGAUAAGAGAAGUUUCCGUGGAGGGUACGAUCGCGAUCGUGGUUCCGGCUUCUACAAAUCACGUUUUAAUCCGCGUGGGGGUUUCCGGGGACGCGGUGGAAGCGGUUUUCGUGACACUAGGGACUUCAGGGGUAGAGGAAGAGAUCGUCCAUUUAGGCCAAGGGGUGGCAGGGGUGGAUAUAUCCCGCGGGGAAGAGAUCAUAGGGAUCGUCGAUACGAUCGAGAUGGAAGUUAUGACAGGAACAGCGAUAGAGAAAGCAACUAUGAACGCAGGGAUAGAUUCAGUAGGAGAUCGUCCAAGGAGAAACGUAGAAGCAACACUCCGCCAAAGGUCAGUGAGAAGGGGAGAGAUGAUGAUAUGACCACAUCAGCACUUACAGGUGACAACUGAGUUGCUGAUGAUCCUGUUUUUCUAACAACACAUAAACUUUCAAUGUAAUUACUUAUUGCAGUUAUCAAACAGUCCUAGAGAUAGGCUAUUAACAACUAAAAUUAAUUCACUAAUGUGAAAUAAAUAUUCUUGAAAUCUUA